UCAUUAGCUGGUUACUGUUGAUUAGUGUGGUUAUGUUCCAGCCUUAGGGCAGGUCGCCACCAUUCCUUACAUGGCACAGUCAGCAAUAGACACAAAGCGGCUCUUUUCAUGCUUGGAAAUUAAUGGGAUAGUUACAAAAGCAAUGAGAAGAUUAUUCAGUAAGCAAACAAGAGAAAAAUCAAUGAAACUCAGAACCUGCCUUACAGGGCAGAGGGAAGGAGCAGACUCAGACAACUUGUAAGAACCCGACGAUACGACCUCACAGAGCUCUAGGAAGACUGGUAGAGCUGCGGGGCAAAGCAAUUAUUGCAGAAAUGGUAGCUACAGACCUCGAUCAGAAUGUUGCCCACGAUCAUGUGGACUUAAGAUAUGAGCAUUCUUGGCUUCACCGGCACUGCACUUCUACCGCGACUCGCCAUAAGAGGGCACGAGGAUCUGGUCGACUUUUCUCUGGACUUAUGGCAAUGAAUGUGGUGUUCCUCGGUGCUGCCUUUUUGAGCAGCGUGGUUCUCAGUUCCAUGCCUCCCCAGGACUCAAAUAUCUACUUGUCAGUGUUGAUGUUCUUCAGCUCAAUAUGGAUACUCUUCUAUCUGCUGAGAACACGCAGGAAACAAUUUUCUGCCAUACUUCUGGAUCACCAUGCUGGAGCACUGUAUCUAAGAGCCUCUCUCGCUCUGUUUGGGAUCUGCAGUCUCCUCCUAGCUGUAUUCAAAAUUGGAUAUGAUGCAUCGCUAAUGACAUGUAAGUUACCAAUGGAUAUCGCCUUCUCCGCCAUGGAAAUCAUCUUCAUUACCGUACAGACAUGUUUUUUGUGGUUUUCAAGCCAGGACUGUGUGCAGGUGCAAAAUAAUAUAACUAGACAUGGCAUCAUGCUGGCAUUGUCCACCAACCUCCUGCUUUGGCUCAUGGCUGUUUUAAAUGAUUCCGUGCACAGAGAGAUGGAGGGUCUACAAAUAAACAUAACUUCAGACGAGGAAAGCGACUGUUUAUGCCUAAAAAAUUCAAUGUGCUGGACCUUUCAAAGAGGAUAUGUGGUCCUAUAUCCAUUCAAUUUGGAAUACAGUCUUAUCUGCGCAUCAAUGCUCUACAUAAUGUGGCUGAAUGUCGGACGAAAAGACGUUUCUAUCUCUGCCGUCUCGCACCCGAGGUUUCGUCUUCACGGAGUUCUUUAUGGCCCAGUGUUGGGUGGUGUUGCAUUGGUGGUGGGAUUUUGUGUCUUCAUCCUGUAUCAGAUACAGGUAUCUUCAGGAGAAGUUUCUCCCACGUCAUCAUUUCUUUUUUUUCUCUACAAUGUCAUUGUGUUGCCCCUCAUGAUAAUCUCCUGCAUUGUUGGGAUAAUCGCUCAGACCUUUACAGAGAAACAGUCGGGCAAACAGUCAGGACAGCAUAGUGAGCAUGAUGAAGAGGAAAACAAAAACGACACAGAUAGAGCAACCAAACUAGAAAAUCAAAGUCGGUGCCGACACAGGCACGUGGAGAGGAGCCAGGAUUACGAUCAAAGUGACGUGGAUUUGGGGGAGCACAGAGAUGAAAAGGGACAUUACCAAUGGACAGAUCUAAAAGAAAUUGUUGAACAUAAAGGAGAUGAGGAAAAAAGUUGUGAUAAAUGUAAAAUUCAAACAGAAAGUGGAAAGUAUAGUGAAAACAUUCCAAUGGAAGAAUUGGAAAAAGAAGACAUAACGGACCAUAUGGAGACCAACCACCAUUAUAGGACAACUACCAGAAAAAUCAGUGUUGAGAAGAACGCUCACGGCAUGGCAUCGUCUCCAACACCUAAAAACUACACUCGCAGUCUAGAAAUAAUCCUGCUGCUGGCGGCUGCUCUCGGUCAGUUCUGCAUUUCUUAUUAUUCCAUAGUUGCCAUUGUGGCUACAAGAAUAUGGAACACGUUGAAUUCCUUAAAUCUGUCAUUCUCAGUCCUCAUGAUCUUCCAACAUGUGUUUCAAAAUAUCUUUAUAAUUGAAGGCAUGAGAAAAGAACAUCAUGAGCCUAUCCACCCAAUUAUACAGGAGGAAAGCAAAGAGGAGGCCCCUCGUAGAAUGUCUUUUGUAGAAAUACGCAGGGCUUCCGUGGCUUAUCUUCAAGGUGUCGGGAAAAUCACUAUCAGUCGCAGACUUGUGAAGGAGUCCGCUCUUUUUCUAGUGCUCUGUAAUAUAAUGUUAUGGAUCAUGUCAGCUUUUGGAGAUCAUCCUCAAUAUACAAAUGGUCUGGAACAGGACUACUAUGGAUCUUCUGCAUGGUUUUCCAUUCUCAACUUCGGACUUCCUCUGUCUGUAUUCUACAGGAUGCACAGUGUGGGAGGGCUGUUAGAGGUCUAUCUUACCACCUAAUCAUUCCUUAUUAGGAUAUCAAAGACACUAAUCUUCUGAUGGACAUUCUAUUUCUAUGAGAUGUUGGCUGUAAAUAAAUGUUUUAGCUGUGAAUACAAAUCAUUGGUGAAAUAAAUAAAUCAAAAGAAAACA